GACAACUUAAGUAAGAAAAAUAUAGAAAAAAAAUAAAAAGGGAAAGGAUUUCAGGUUUUAAGUUGUGUGUCUUUCUUAAAAUUUUUGCCUCACGACUCACCAAAAAACCAAAAAGUUAAAACCUUCCACCUAACGAAAAAAGAACAAUCAUAAUUACCUAAACUGAUGCACACAAGGAUUUGUUCCCAAAGAAACAAAGCAAAGUAAAAUCACAAAAGGAGUCCACAAAUGAGGUGAGUCGUCCAUAGUCCCUUUGUCCAUAACACGAUCUAAAACAAUACAAAAAAAAAAACAAAAUCGAUCGAAAAUGUUCGCGUCAUGUAGCCAAAACUUUGAAGAUAGUCCAAUUUCGGACAAUAAAAUGGACAUAUCAGAUGCCACAACAUCUCAGGAAGAGUCCACGGGAGUUUCGCCAAUAAACGAUAACAUCACAUCUGAUAAUUUGAUCACACAAAAUCUGAAUGAAAUGCCUCACCUGGGGCUGGUGGGAAAGGAUUUUAAGUUCUCUAAUUCCUCGCUAACGACAAAGGGAGCCGAAAAUGGUUUUCUAGAUAACGACACUGUUGUUCCGAAGGUCUUGCGUCUUGGACAAAAGCCAUACCCACAACAGGAGAAGACGACAAAUGGGCUGCGUAGUGAGUUAGUGCUGGCUAACAGCCAUCCCCUUAUGUCACCAACUGCAACUGAUUCAGACUCGGAAAACAGCCACUAUGCGAAUCGAAAGAAAGCUUUUAAUUUCCCAGACGUUGUACCCGAGAGCGAACAGAUUAUGUCAACGCCGCCGAUAACUAAAAGAAUAACAUCAAAUACUGUGUCUUUGGUUGAGGCGAAGAACUCGCUCAACACAAACCAUUCCUUCGGCAAGCUCAGUCCCAAUAACCGAUUGAGAGUCUCUCCCAAGCGUGCAGCCAGUCCAGAUGUGAUAAGUAGCGAAUCUGAGGCCGAAGUGUCGCAGUUUCAAGCCACUGUAGAGGCCAACUACCAAUCGGUUGCUUUGAUAGCAAAAGCUCCCAAUCGUACUCUGCCGAAAUCCCUCAACACUCGGAAGCAAGUCAACAAUAGCAACUCCACGCCCGAGCACAGACUCUCGGAUGAUAUGUCGUCGUUGGACUCGAUUUCCAACCACAGCUUUGAGGAUGACGACGAUCUGGAACAUAAUUUGGCUUCCCUGAGUCCUUCGAGUUCGCUUAUAGACGGCCUUAACGAUGACCGCGAUGAUGACUUCCCAGAGCUAGACACACCAACAAAUCUCCAUCCCACAGAUCAGAUUCCCUUCUAUUCGGCGGCAGACGAACGACGUGAUUCGAGAAACUGGCAGAAAAUAACACUACCAGAUGGACGCACCCGAGAGAUUGAUAUGAAAGUAAUAGAGCCCUACAAACGUGUGCUCUCACACGGAGGCUACCUUAAGGCCGGGGGCCAUAAUGCCAUAGUCAUGUUUUGUGCUUGUCACUUACCCGAUAGAUCUCGCGCUGAUUAUCAUUACGUGAUGGACAAUUUAUUUUUGUAUGUCGUCAAGACUCUGGAGCAACUGGUAACGGAGGAUUACGUCUUGAUUUAUUUGCAUGGUGGCUCAAGUCGACGCAAUGUUCCACCAUUUCCAUGGCUGAAAAAAUGCUAUCAACUUUUAGAUCGAAGAUUGAGGAAAAGUCUAAAGAACUUAUAUUUGGUACAUCCAACAUUCUGGUUGAAAUCGAUUGUCUGGAUGUCACGACCUUUUGUUAGCUCAAAAUUCUGGCGCAAGCUGGUUUACGUGCAAACUUUAAAUGAGUUGAGCUCAUUGGUGAAUGUUGAGAGUGCAUCCAUACCAGACAAAGUAAAACAAUAUGAUGCAAAACGGGCAUAAGAGUCCUCUAAAAUGUUUCGACUCCGCUAACAAAACAAACAAAAAAACACAAAUUGAAUUAUUGUAAUAAUUAACAAAAGAACAUAAGGACCAGGAGUACCUACACUUUAUUAAUCAGCAACGAGCGGCCAUGACUAGACUUCCCCCAAAAAAUAUCACAAGUUGCAUAUAAAUAAUACGACGACGUUCAUUUCAAACAUAGCCUCCUUCUUUUUGAGUGUCGUUAUUUUGUGUUUUUGUAUUUAUUAUUGUUACUUUCAAGUUAUUGACAAACAAACAAAAAUUCCUAACAAAAUUCUUGAGAUCUCAUUUCUGCACUGACGGUAGCUUUUAGACAACAUUGUAUUAUUUUAUUUUAUCAAACUUCUCAUAAGACUUCUUUCUAUUUUUAAAUGACAUAACGAAUUCUCAUAUUUUAUACUCCUUUAUUAUGUUUUUCUAAAUAAUUUUGUGAUAUUAAAUUGAAUCAUAUUUUAUUUUAUAUUUGAAUUUUUAACAAAAUGUAUUGAAACAUUCCUCAUAAAAGUAUUUAGAGCUUUUGUAGGCAAGUUUAUAUUUUUGUUUUUUAUUAGAACAUUUUUAUUAUUUUUGAACUGUUUCGAGUGAAUGAUGAAUUUGGAUAAGUAUUUUAUAGUUUUCUGUGUGCAAUCGCAUUAAAUAUUAUUAGAUUAAAAACGUAUUCACACAUUUAGAUUUCAAGAUUACAUCGAAUAUUAUGUAUGUAGAUUUUAUAUCAACACAAUUUAAAAAACAAAACAAAAUAUGAAGCAAAAAAAAAAAAAAAACAAGAUACAUAAACGUAUGUAACGCAAACGCAAAGUAUUUCAACAAAAAUCAUAAUAAUUGUAGUUAAAUUUAUUUAAUUUAAAUAUCAUGUCUUAGAGAAUGAAAAAAGCCAGUAAGUGAAAAUUGUUCGGCUCGAAAUAAUAACACUUAAAACAUUAAAUUAAGUUCUUAAUUACAAUUAAAUCAUAUUCUUUUUUAAAUUUAUUUUAAUCAAAUGUCAAAACUAAAUAUGUGUAUUGUAUACCUCUCAAAGUAUUCUGCUUUUAUUUAUAUAAACAACAAAAAAAAAACAAUUAACUUUAACUUUAAAAAAAUAUACUAGCUAAUCAUUUCUUAUUUUAUGAAAUUAAAAAAGAAAACAAAGUGUAAUAAUUUAUUGUCUAAGAAAAGACAACUGCUUAUUUUAAUUUGCCUAGUGCUUAUCGAAUAAUAUUUUUUUUUAUGAAGCACUAAAUAAAAUUAUACAAAUAAAAAUAUAUUAUACAACAUAACAAAAAACAAAACAAAAUACAUAUUAACAUAAUUAUAUUUAUGUAUAUUAAAAAAGAAAAGUAAAAUGACCACCAAUUUCGUUUGAUCUGUGUGUGUAGCAAUAAAGAAGAUGUGUACAAUGUAUUAGCUAAAGUUAUUGUAAAAAAUAUAUUUAAAACAAAAUUAUCCUGAAAUAAUGGUACAA